AUAGCUUCUCUGCCCACACAGGGGUCAGUGUUCCUGAUUGGCUCAGAGACAUUUCCUUGAAGUUAUAGAAAGUACGAGGAGCUGCUAGUAAGUAUUUGUAACACCGUCUUACACAAAAAGGAACAUGGCUGGUCUUCAAGGUGACGAUGACUUGCAGAGUGGUGGGGACUCUGUGGACGCCUUAAAAUUUCAAAAGAAGCCAGAUGCAGCGCCCGCAGGCAAUAGGAAGACUGCAGAGGAAGUGGUUCCCAGAAGCAGUAGAGCAGCAGGCUCCGACCCUUACUGCUACAAGAUGGACUACCCCUGCCUCGGAACCUGUCUGGUUAUCAACAAUAAGAACUUCCACCAAAGCACAAACAUGAGUCAACGUAAUGGGACAGAUGUUGAUGCUGCUUCUGCUAUUAAGACCUUCUCUGAUCUGGGCUAUAAGACAAGAUAUGUCAAUGAUCAGACUGUGGAGGAGAUGAAACAGCUGAUGUUAAGUGUAUCCAAGGAGGACCACAGUAAUAGUGCGUCAUUUGCAUGUGUGUUGCUAAGUCAUGGAGACGAGGGGGUGAUAUAUGGCACAGACGGCUAUGAAAAGAUUGAAAACCUGACAAAAUACUUCAAAGGAGAUCACUGUAAGAGUCUUGUGGGGAAACCAAAGCUCUUCUUUAUACAGGCGUGCCGUGGUACAGACCUGGAUGACGGCGCCUUCAUUGAGACAGACAGUGUAGAAGAGCAAACAGAGAGGAUUCCUGUGGAAGCAGAUUUCCUGUAUGCUUAUUCCACUGCUCCAGGCUACUACUCAUGGAGAAACACAGCCAACGGUUCCUGGUUUAUGCAGUCAUUGUGCGAGAUGUUGUACUGUUACAGAGGAAAGCUGGAGCUGAUGCAGAUCAUGACCCGAGUCAACCGCAAGGUGGCACUACACUUUGAAUCUGCCUCCAACCUUCCUGGAUAUAGUGGCAAGAAACAGAUCCCCUGCAUUGUCUCAAUGUUGACCAAAGAAUUCUACUUGCCUGCCUAGAUUAAGAUCAGAUUCUUUUGUUUUACCUACAGGAUACUAAAGGGUGUUGGGACAAUUUCCAAUGAUUCAUUUUCAAUGAGCCCAUAUCACUGAUUAUGCGCUUUAACAGUAGCAGAAGCAUAGAACUGUGGACUUUUGUAUGUUGGUGGAGAGGAGGUGGUGUGGAUCCAUAUUCAUCAUAAACUAUAUGUUUAUAAUCCAGUGCCAAUACUCUUACUAUGUUGUUCUAUUCUGUACAAGCAACAUCUAUUGCAUGUCUGUCCUGGAAGAGGGUAUCCAAUGAUGUUCUUGCUGUAGUAUUUUCCCCCUUAAAAGAGGUUUUAGGGAGUUCUCCUCUUUUGAAUCAAGGGCAAUGUUGUUUGCUGAAAAAUGUGUGAUUUGUGAUAUCGGGCUAUAUCAAUAAAAUUGAAUACAUUUAUAGGAUAAACAGUUAGUUUACUACAUACAGUUUGUUGCUUUUUACCAGUUCUGGUAUGCAAUAAAUGCACAAGCACAAAUGGA